CAAAAGGCGUGCCAUAUCUAUUCACAGCCCGGCGCAAUGUAAACAAACGCGAACAAAGUGAGCCACGAAUUUGCGCCUUUUAAAUGGCAAUUAUAUUUGCGGCCUGAAGUACACAGUCAACUCCAACAUGGCGGCCAGUGGCAUGGCAAGGAUGAGGUAUUUUGAGAACAAAAUGCCGGACUGUGGCUACGAUCAGGAGGUCCAAAUUCCAGUCGACCAGAUCCGUGCUCGAAUCGUAGCGGUAAUCGAGGCUCUUCGGCAGAACGUGGUGGCGAACCAGCAGGCCUGCGAGGGUGGCGUGUAUGUUGGAAUCGCUGGAAUCGCCUAUGCGCUGCUGUACGUGGCUCAAUCAAAACAGAUCCCAGAGAAAGAGAGUGAAUAUUUAGAACUCGCUGAGCAGUAUAUAGCUCAAGCAUUGGACUAUGAAGAGAAAAAACGAUCGCCAGAAACUCGAUCAGCAUUUCUUCUCGGAUCAGCAGGAGUUUAUGCAGUGGCAUCUCUCUUGUACAGAGCGCUGGGAAAGGAAGAAAAGGUGCAAGAAUACAUCGGGAAAUAUGCAGGUCUAGCAGGGAUAUGUUGUCAGCCCGGUGAUUAUCUUGGCUGUGGAUCAGACGAAGUACUGGUAGGAAGAGCGGGGUAUUUAUGUGGAGCGGAAAUGCUCACCAAGAAACUCGGUCAACAGGUUCUGAGUGAUGAAGUGACUUUCAUGAUCUGUCGAGCCAUAGUAGAUUCUGGUCGGAACUAUUCACAAAGGCAUAAAUCACAAUCACCGCUAAUGUAUGCAUACUACCAGACAGAAUAUUUAGGUGCUGCACAUGGCCUUUCUGGAAUCGUCCAGAUGCUGCUCAACUAUCCAACCUUCGUCAAGUCCGACCCGUCUAUCGAGGCCGACGUCAGGAACACAGUGGAUUAUCUAAUCUCCUGUAGAUCACCGGAUUACAACAUCCCACCUACUGUAGCCGAGUGUGUCCAGCAACGUCCUGCCGAGCAUCAACUCGUACAUUGGUGUCAUGGUGCACCGGGUAUUAUCUAUCUGUUUGCCAAGGCUUUCCUCCUCUGGAAGGACCCCAUGCACCUCAUCGCGAGCAGAAAAUGCGCCGACCUGACCUGGCAGAAGGGGCUCCUCAGGAAAGGCCCCGGUAUCUGCCACGGCAUCACCGGCAACGGCUACGUCUUCCUACUCACCUACCGCCUGACCGGGGAUUGCAAGUUCAUCCACAGAGCCCUGCAGUUCUCUGAGUUCAUGCAGACGGAGGAGUUUGUGAAGGGGGCGAGGUGUCCGGACGCUCCGUUAAGUUUGUUCGAGGGCUGGGCUGGUGCAGUUUGCUUUCUCACUGAUCUUCUUCAGCCACACAAUGCAGAAUUUCCCUUCUUUGAUGUGUUCUAAUGAUCUCUAAUUACCAUGGAAAGUCAGUAUACGGAGGUCCUUGACCUGUUGGAGAUUGGGUGUAUAUGAAAAAUAUGCAUUAUUGCAUUAUUUGCCGGUCUCCAAUGGGUUAAUUAUCCUGAAUGACAAGUCCGCCUCAACAACUUGAUUUGAAUGAAUAAUGUCAAAUCAAACAAGCAUAUCAUGAUUUACAAAGAGAAUUUCAUUAAAAUCAGAUGUAGUUUGGGAAAAAGAAUGACGGGGCCCUGGGAACAAUCUUUGUCUUGCCUGCAUAGUAGACUAUACGCGCUGCUUUUCCGAUGGCGACGGCAGCAGUGUCAACAUGGGGGGGGGCUGAAUCACCCAUACCACCUUGCUUCCCGGGGGGGGGGCUGUCACAAAUGGACUAUUUAGUCAGAUUGUGCUGGUGUACUGUACGAGUUGCCAGCGGUGUUUGCCUUUUUAUCCCAUUUCAUUAAUAUCAAGCACAAAUUAUCAAACAUGAUAUACGUGUAUAUCAAGAAUUGAAAUUAUUUAUGUUGUUAACGAAAGGCAGUUCUUUGAAGGAUAAGUCCACCCUAAUGCCAAGUUGAUUUGAAUAAAAAGAGAAAACUCCAACAAACAUAACACGGGAAAUUUCAUCAAAAUCGGGUGUAAAAUGAAAAAGUUUUGACAUUUUUUUUUAUUUUCUCAAAACAGUUAUGUGUACACCCUUGUUGGUAUACAAAUGAAGAGACUGAUGACAUCAUUCAUUCACUAUUUCAUUUGUAUUUCAUUAUAUGACAUAUUCUAAUUUUCUCAUCGUCAUGUGAAACAAAGUUAAAUUUCUUCUUGAACAUGUAGAACUACCUUUCAAUGUUUAAACAUUUUUUGGUUGGGUCAAGUUGGUCCUUAUUGUUAAAUCUGUAAAAAAAAUAUUUUGAAAUAUUGUAU